AUGCUUCGAGUUCCACUGUUCGUGGUUGUGCUGUCCGUGGCCCUGAUAGCUGUCGGAGGUUUCCCAGCCCCCUUCGGCUCCAUCUGUUCGAGAUUUCGGAGCCUGGCAGGCUACAAGAUGGCUACCGCUGCCAAGCUGGCCUCGUACUUCACUGGAGAGCGUGACGCCAAGGAGGCCGUCGUCGUAAAGGUAGGAUCACAGGCCCUCUCGACACGCCGAUUGACCUCGCUAUGCUAUAGCUUCCUGUUUCAUCCUUACCUGCUGGAGUUCGUGUUCCUUAAGUGCGUUCGUAUACAUAUCAAAAAUGAACAAACUAUCCCACUACUUCGCUCAUUGCGGAAACUUGCGCGAUAUUUGACUCGUGCGUUUAUUUCACUUACUACUGAGCGUUCAUCGGUGCCUGCGAUGUACUCCGUGCCGCAGGAGGUUGCCGAGGAUCCCGACGAAGGAGGCGCCGAGCCCGCCGCGGUCGAGGAACCAGACGUCUCCGUAGAAGCCGUACAGCAAACGGAGGUGCCAGCGCCGCCGCCGUCGAAGCCACAGGAGCUGCCCGUCGAGGGUCUCGCGUCGAGCGACCCAGUGCACGACUUCAAGAAGCAGUUCGCCGCGGGCUUCGCGGCCCUGGAAUUCGCCAACCAGCUCGAAAAGAGGCGCCUCGCCGCUAGCGGCACCCCGACAAUGAAGCCGCAACAGUUCGACGCUCAGGUCCUGCCCGUGCCCCUGGACCACUACAAGGACUACGUCACCGGUGGCGACACCGGCGGAUCGCUGAUGCGGGUCGCCGUAGUGGCGCAGAACAUCCCGAAGCAUUUCAACUCGCCGCAGCCACCGACCGGAGACACCGCUCAACCGUGGAACCAGCAGGGUGCUUCAGAAGUCCAUCCGGAACAGCCGAUGGAGCAGCAGCAGCCGCAGACCCAAGACUCCAGGACUGAACCGGCGUCACAGUCGUACUCCGGGGAACAGCACCAGGGCCCCAUCUUUCCUUACGGUGGCUGGCAGGCGGGACAACCGUCCGGCUACGUCGCGUACCCGCACUCUUCGUACAACGUUGCCGACGCCGCAGGUUCUGACGCUACUCACGAGCACACGACCGGUGAUGAACAUGCCACGCACUACAACAAACACCCCGACGGAGUCGUUCCUGGUAGCCAGUUCCCGCAGCAUUCUGAAGGUACGCCCGAUGCCGAGCCCACGCCGACCUCCCACAUGAUGGAGAGCAACGCGCCCGACAACCACCAGGGACCCAGGUACCGUCGUGAAGCGGACGUAGACGCCGAUGAGGUCUACUUUGCGAGAAGCCACCCCCCUGUACCCAAAGCGGAUCUCGACCUGAGUAGUCAGGAGCUGCGGACCGGACCUCUUAAGGACAUCAAGGUCCUCGACCUGACGGACUGUUUGGCAAAGGUCUUCUGCACGAUGGCUGCUCGUCCUAACGUGUUCGGCCCGUGGAGCGCCAACGUGACCGAAUACUUGAGGAAUAUCGAGAAGGUGCACGGCGACCCGGACAUGAUGUUCUGGAAGCAAGCGUCUGCUGCCGGUAGUGCGAACGAAGACUGCGAAGCACUGUUCAAAAAGUGCACGCCCCCCGCCGAACAGUUGAAGGAACUUAUAGACGGCAACUAUGCUCUUUAAAGCGCGCCUUUCAAUAGUCAC